CGGAAAAGUAGGAGUCUGCGUUCCCUCACAGUGCAAGGGGAACGACGUCGAAGCAAUCGCAAAUGCUGUUUCCAGAAAACUGUACGUCAACGCAACGGUAAACACGUGCCAAACGAAGGACGGACAAGUUCCUGUUACUGCGACUUCGCUUACAAUUACCUGUGUACUGGGUGCCUUUGCAAUGCUUGCGAUACUUUCUACUGCGAUCGAUAUUGCGCUCAGGCAUUAUGACGGAGCAAAACAGUGUAUCGUCCUAAAUAAGAUGCGGGACUUAUCGCUGCUCAAAACUCUGCCCGAAAUUCUGUCGUCGCCGGACGAAUGCAGUUUCGGCAUGUUCCACGGCAUGCGCGUCUUCAGCAUGUUGUGGAUCAUUUUAUUUCACUGCGCCGUUUAUCCUCUGCCAAGCACAAUUCAUUCGUCAAAAGUACGGUUAAAGAUGGCAAGUACCUACACUUUCCAGUUCAUCCUCAAUGCGUGGAUCAGCGUUGACACCUUUUUCUUCCUCAGUGGUUUCCUGAUGGCUCAUUCAAUGGGGAAGACUGUCGACAAAGGCCUGCCUAUAAAUUUCUUCAACAAAGUAUUCACCCGUUACUGGCGCUUGUUUCCAAUGGCAAUGGUCACUGUGGCGUUGCUGUUCUUGGUCCACGAACUCGGUGAUGGUCCAUUGUGGUCAGAAAUGAUGGGAAAGGAGCUGAAUAACUGCAGGGCGCUGUGGUGGGCAACACUGAUCGGAGUUCAGAACUUCUUCAGCGCGGAGCACCAGUGCCUCCAGCAUCUCUGGUACAUCAGUGCUGAAUUUCAACUUUACGCCGUAUUAUUGCUGGUCACGUACCUGUCGCAGAGGUGGAGCAGAACGGGCAUCGGAAUACUCGCAGUGGGCGCUGCUGCAUCUGUAGUCUCUGUAGGCACUUUGACAUACGUUAAGCAGUACCACCCAACGGCUCUAUUUUACAGCACAGACUUGGACUUUACGAGAGAAAUCAUUAACAACGUAUACAUCAAACCGUCAACCCACGCUGCGCCAUACAUUGUGGGAGUCUGGGCCGGUCAUGUUGCGUACUCGAAGCCAUCCGUGCGGAUGUCAAAGACAUCCCGAUGCAUCUGUUGGCUCGUGUCCCUCACGGUCAUGCCCUUGGUACUCUUUACGCCUGCCCACUGGUCCGAACCUCGAUCCAUGGUAACUGGCGUUUACGUCCUGUACGCGGCAACGCAUCGCUUUCUCUGGGCUUUGGCCAUUGCUUGGAUCACGCUAGACUGUAUCUGGAAUCCAAAAGGGUUCAUUUCCAAAGUAUUGUCCUGGCCAAUACUGGUUCCGUUCAGCCGUCUGUCCUACGUGAUUUAUUUGUGUCACGUGCUGGUUAUUUAUCUUCGGGCUUGGACUAUCAGGAUACCGCUGCGGAACGACAUUAUGGGCAUUGUGGAAAUGGGAUUCGGAACUUUCGCACUUUCCACAAUCCUGGCCCUGCUUCUCGCGGUCUUGUUUGAGAAGACACUGGUGCAGGUCAGGUGCCUUCUGGGACGCCUUCUCGGCUUCCUUCUUUGUCGGACGUAGUGAUGGGACCUUGCCGUGCAGCCACUAUCAUGGAUUGUGUGACAUUCAUAUAUUUUGGGAGUGUUAGGCUAGGACUUUUGUAUCUGGGAUAGUCCCCUGCGACGCUAGCGUGCGGGAUACGCCAAAUAAGCGAGCGACUUCGGCGCUUACAGUGGAAUCGGCGCUACACGCCAAUUUGUUUCGAUCGAAAAUCACAUUGUCGAAUGAAAUUUAACAGCGUAUAGCCACCUAACUAACACUGGUUAAUCGAGACGUACCUCUAGUCUUUGGAACUGAUUCAGCUGCAAGAAAAAAGAAAAAAAGAUGAAGCUCAAGAAUGUCGCGCCCAAACUUCACUGCGAACAUAAAAUUUCCGACAAUGGUAUACGUCUACAUAGAUAGUUUCUGAGUAUUUAUUGCGGGUAUAUUUAAUUUACGCAUAGAUAGAUCUAAAAGAUGUUACGCUUCAUAAUCUCACGCUGGCUAGGUUCAAUCCGAACUAUAUCAUGGGUAUUGUGCGAACCCAUCGUAAAUGGGACGGUUAAAUUUUCCAAACUGCACUGACUAUGGCGUGGAAGCUGACAUCCCACACCAACUCCUGUAUUGUCAGCAGCCAUCCCCUUCAGCAGCCCCUUCCCCAUAGGAACACCCUCCGUUGCCGUCUGUCCCAGAUUGGCUAUAACGACUUAUCCUUGGCCGCUCUCCUUGGCCCCGUCCUGCACCCCAACCAGUGGGCUGUCACUGCCCCUCUCCUCAGUUUUCUCCGAGCCUCAGGACUCAUGAGCUGCAUGUAACCGUCGCUAUAUUGUCUCUUUUCUUCUUUCUUUCCUUCAUUUUUUUCCUUUUUUUUUCUUUUUCCUUUUUUUAAAUAGCAAGCCGGCUCUUUGCCUGGCUAACCAUUUCUUUUCUUUUUAUUAAUAAACAUAUCCUCCCCCCCCUCAUUGUUAUGCUAGCUUUCGUCAAGGGGUCUUCCACUGAUGUAUUUGUUACAGUGAUAUACAGGGUGUUUCAGUUAAAUCCCCGGCCUAAAUAAUUCGCGAACCGGUGCACC